AUGCCGCCCGGCACGAGACCCACCGAGAAAGGCGUAUGCGCCGCUCCUCCGUCUAUGGCGACUUCAGCGGCGAAGACAAACGGCGUCUCAGACGAGGGCCGAAGAACUGCAUGCGCGUCUCCGAAGCUCUUGAGCGACGAGACUCCCAACGGUGUGUCAGGGGAAAAAGCCGAGGAACAGAAGACAGAGACUGAAGAUGCAGAAAACGCAGAGACAGGAGGAAAAACGCUGCCUGACGGAGGAAGAAGGCGAGAGUCUUCUCAACCUCCCACGCCGGCAGGCUGCUGCGGAGGAUGUGCGCGAGAGGAGGCUGUCGCGGGCGAGGUUUUUCAGCCUCUCCAAAUGCAAGUCAUCGACGCGUUUUGGCGCUGCUUCACUUCGGAGCAAAACGAUUUAGCACUCGCCGCCGUUCACGCCCUUGGAACUGUCGCUCGAAUAUCUCGAGCAACCUCGGUUUUUCAACUCUUUGUGCAUCUGAGAGCGGCCAGCGAUGCCCUCGAAAUCUACGCUGGACGCGAGGACGUCCUCCUCUACAUCAGCCAACUUACAAGCAUUAAACGGUUGACGACAUUGCCGCUUCGGUCUGCCUGUCUCCUCUACCAGCAGUUCGGGUUGCGUCACCACCAGCGGCGACCCGACAUCAGCCUCGAGGAACUCCGAGACCUCCUCGUGGCGCAGUCGGCCAAGUUCGCCGCGCGAAUUCUGCAAAGCAAGCAGACGAUCGCUGACAUCGGCCAAAUUAUGUUCACAAAGGACCAGAUGGUUGUGCUCACUCACGGUCGCUCGUCCUGCGUCGAGAAGUUGUUGAAGGACGCGUGGGAGAAACACAAGAAACGCUUUUCUGUCAUCGUGACCCGCCACGAAGAAAAACCUGGAUAUUUCGUCAGAACGGAUGUAGACUUGCUGAUGGAAAGCAUAUCGGCGAACGGCAUUCCCGUGGCAAACACUUCGGUGUGCUCCAUCGGUCGCCUCAUGUCGCGAAUCGACUUGGUUGUCGUCGGAGCAGAAGCUGUCGCCGAGAACGGAGGCAUCGUCAACCGAGUCGGCACCUCCACCAUAGCGAUGGUUGCCCGUCAGCAUUGCGUUCCCUUUUACGUUGCAUGCGAAGCCUGCAAAUUCACGCGCAUGCACGUCUUUCAGCGCGAUGACGCGCGACGGUGUGUCGUCUUUGAAAAACCGGACUCUGACGAUGUGGAGACGGUGGACUCGCCAACAGGCCACGGGGAGUAUCUCGACUACACCGACCCAGAGUUCAUUUCUCUACUCUUCACAGACUUGGGGAUCUUCGCGCCUCGCAAUGUUUCGGAUGAACUCACAACGCUUUACGAGUCGUCCUGA